CUACUUGCAAUGGCAUUGCUUUUAGCUCGCUCAACGACACCAGAAGGUCCAACUUCCCUGGGAAUAGCAUCGAACUGUAACAGCUAUGUCACAAUAUCCGACGGAAACUCCUGCGAAGCCAUCGCCAACCAAGCUGGCGUGACGCUCGAACAAUUCUACCAAUGGAACCCAUCACUCCAAGACAGCUGCGCGGGACUGUUGGUAGGAUACUCCUACUGCGUCGGAGUCUUAGAAGCUUCAGCGACUGCAACUCCAAGCAUCACUGUCCAAACAACUCUUCCACCGACGACAUUAACCCCAACU